AUGAAUUCCUUAAGAAGAGGAGUUUCAGGUCUAAUUAUUAAGGAAUAGAGUCUUUUACUAAUAAAAAGAGAAAAGGCACCUUACAAAAAUAGGUGGACAUUACCAGGAGGGAAAAUUGAAAAUGAAGAAUCCAUUGAUAAUGCGAUAAAAAGAGAAAUUCAGGAAGAAGUUGGAUUGAUAGUUGAUGUUUAUUAGCCAUUAAUAAUUUAAGUAAUCAAGAAAUAUAACUAUGUACUUUAUACGAAAUGUUGUUCAAUAAUAGGAGAGGAAAUUCCUUAAGAAAAAAUUGAGUUUUAAUAUUUUCCAAUUUAAGACUUUUUCUUGAUGGAAAAAAGAAAAUUAACUCCUGAUUUACAAAUCAUAACCAAGAUCUUACUUGAUUCAUUAUGA